AUGGCACCAUACACCAAGGUUCAGGAGGCAAAGAACAGCAGCGGUCAGGCAGCAGGGCCUCCAGGGCCUCCACCGACCGUAGUCCCUCCUCCGCCUGCUAAUCUACCACCAGGGGCCGUUCAGCAAAAGCCUGAGGCCGCUGUAGUCCCAGCUAUUGUGGUCCGGGACUGGACAGACGAGGACAACGCCCAGUUGAAGGGGCUGAAGGAGGACAACAUCAGCUGGCGGAAGAUCGCGGAGACGAUGAACUGGCCGGUCCACGAGCUCAAAGAACGAUGGCGAGCCAUCAAGCCUGAGCCGCCGAAGAAGCCGCAGCCAGAGCCAGAAAAGGUCAAACAAGACAGCGUUCAGAAGAGAGUCGUGUUUACGGAGUCAGGCGAUGAGAAAAAGGGCAAAGAAGCCCCAAAGGUGGUAUAUGCAGAUGAGAGUCUGAGCACAGAGGAGGCUGUUCUGCUCAGCAAGCUUGCGGACAAGUACGACAAGGAGAUGUGGUUACGCAUCUGCUCCAAGUUCUUUGACAAGACCGGCAAGCGACUUGAUCCAGACGAGGCCAGACGGCACAUCCGUCCGUCACAGCGCCCUACCCCAGCAUCCAAUGGCCCCCCGUAUAAACACAUGUUCGCACCCUGGUCCACUCAGCCCACUCUCCCCCUAAAAGUCCAGCUUUCAGGGGGCAAAAAGAAACCAAAAAAAGUCUGGGCCUGCGGAUGUUUCAUGACUAAGCAGCGCUCUUUUCUCUGGUUCGACUCCGGGACUUUUUUUUUUGACGAAGACAAGGACGAGGAAGAUCCAUUAAGUUCUUUCGCUGCCGUCGUCAUAUAA